AUGCAAAAACUCGCUCCAUCGCAGCCACAAUCCUGUAGAACAUCACAGCCACGAGCAACGCAGCACAGUACACGCACCGCAUCGCAAUCCAUCUUCAAUCGGCAGCCCAGCAAUCGCGUUUCCCCAAUGCCCCGCACCGCCUUGGUAGCGUUUGCCCGGCACUCCCUGCGUCAUCACCCGCGCCGUCCAACACCGACACUCCUCCACCGCCACAGCCUCGCUCCCCGGCGCCCCUUUUCCAUGUCCGGCAUCACGCAGUACUUGUCAUCCAAAGACGGCGAGACGGACACGUCCGCCGCCGGCAGCCAGAAACAGCAGCAGGGCUUGCCCGCGCCCGGUGAGGGAACGCCCGUCACGCUCGACGUCAGCGGCGAGGGGUCGACGGUCCGGCUCGCCGAGCUGGGCCCGCUCGUCGUCAACGUCGACGGCACCGUCGCCCGCAUCACCAACUGGAAGGAGAUGACGGACGCGGAGCGCGAGACGACGGUACGCAUGGUGGGCAGGCGCAACAAGCAGCGCCUGGACGCGCUCAAGAAGCAGAAUGAGGAGCAGGAGGGCGGCGCGCAGUAG